UUCGGGGGGGCCCGGAAAGGGGCGGCUCCACAGAGUGACCUUAGAGCAGUCCCCUCGCCUCUCUGGGUCUCAGUUUUCCCCUUCCUAGGGUAGAGUGGGUGAGACAGCCGGGCUUCCCAGAACGCAUCCCUUCCCCCCCACCCUCCCGCGACAUCUACGAACUCCUGUCUUGCCUUUAACGUCUUUUGGAGGAGCUUCCCUCGGGAAACCCGCCCAGGACACCUCUUCCAUCCCCUCCACAGCACGCCUAACGUACCCCAUUUAGAGCGCACACCAAGCCAUUUCAGGCGUGAGCUCAGGCUCACUCUAAGCCCUGAAAGAUCAGGGAUCUAAUCAGUCUUGGAUCUUGGAGACCCAGCACCAGAUGCACCCAGAGCAAGCCCUACCUAGGGACCUCUGGACGCCGACACACCAGGGUUUCAUUCCCGACACCACCUGUGCCUUAGUUUCCCUCGUCUGUAAAAUGGAGCUGGGGUAGUACUCCUUUCAUAGAGUGGAGUGAAGAUGAAAUGAGAUAGUAUCUAGCACUCAGCACACCACAGUUGCCCAAUAAAUGGUGAUUGUUGGCACAAUGGUACUUGGAUACAUGACCUCUGUGCUCCCUCUGCCAGCCCCAGACAUAUGCCUGUAGUCAGGCAGAGGGGACAGCUGGUGGCCAGGGGCCCACAGAUACCUUUUGUGGUGCCCGGUAUGUCUGACCUAGGUGGGAUCCCUGCUGGAGAGGUCAAAAAAGGAGGGCCAGAGAGGUCAGCUGAUUUGACUGAAGUCACACAGCUUGGCGUCCUGCUGGCUGAAUAUCAGGGUGAGGGUACUGAAAGGAGGCAAUCCAGUGUGGCAAUAAAUUAGGCCCCCAAUAGUUUUGCUUAUUGAAGGAUGGUCCUUAGAACAACCCUGGCUGGUUUCCGUGUGUGUGUGUGUGUGUGGCAAUAAAUUAGGCCCCCAAUAGUUUUGCUUAUUGAAGGAUGGUCCUUAGAAUAACCCUGGCUGGUUUCCGUGUGUGUGUGUGUGUGUGUGUGUGUGUCUGUUGUAUCCCAAACCCCCAGUAUUUGGGGUCACAGGCCACAAAGAUUUGUAAUGAAGGGGGGAUGCUUAGAGCCAUGGGUUACUGAGAUCAAGUCCUAAGCAAGGCUGAUGCUUACUCACUGGUGACUUUGGGCAAGGGAUUUCACCCCUCUGAGAUGGGAUGAUAAUGGCACCAGCUCCUUGGGUUACUGUUGAAAACUGUAAGAGAUAACACAUGUGGGAUGCUUAGCAAUUAGCACAGGGCCUUUGGCAUACAGUAAGUGAUCCAUAAAUGUUGAGCAGCAACUUUACUUUUUUAUGGAGUCCACAUGCCCCAGUGGUGGCACCAGUCCUUCCAGGCUGACCCACCCACAUGUACACACCCCCAAUCCACCGCCCCAGUCUCUCCAGUAAAGUAAGCAGCAUGCAUGGUCUCCAAGCCCAUCUCCCCAACUGUAGUCAGAAACGUCCUGAACGUGUCCGUUUUUCUGCCUCAUUUCCAACAACUCUGGCUUGCCUUGCAGAUCCCAUUUCUCUCAGUUGAUGGUGGACAUGUGCCAGGGGCCCACCCCUGAGUCCAGAUGACACUCAUGUCAAUGGCUUCAGUGAUGGCGGUCACUGAACCGAAAUGGGUCUCAGUGUGGGGCCGCUUCCUCUGGGUGACACUGCUAAGCAUGGUGCUGGGAUCCCUGCUGGCCCUGCUGCUACCGCUGGGGGCCGUGGAGGAGCAGUGCUUGGCCAUGCUCAAAGGCUUCUACCUGCUCAGGAGCAAAUUGGACAGGGCGCAGCAUGUCAUCACCAAGUGCACCAGCCCAUCCACAGAGCUCAGUGUCACCUCCAGGGACGCAGGGCUGCUGGUGGCCAGGAACAAGGCCUCUCCAGCCAGUAAGUUGGAGGCCAAAGCAGCUUUGAACCAAGCCCUGGAAAUGAAACGUCAGGGCAAGCGGAAAAAAGCCCACAAGCUCUUCUUACAUGCCCUCAGGAUGGACCCAGACUUCGUAGACGCACUCAACGAAUUUGGCAUCUUCUCAGAGGAAGACAAGGACAUCAUCCAGGCAGAUUACUUGUACACCAGGGCGUUAACCAUCUCGCCCUACAACGAGAAAGCGCUGGUCAAUCGGGAUCGGACACUGCCCCUCGUGGAGGAGAUCGACCAGAGGUAUUUCAGCAUCAUCGACAGUAAAGUGAAAAAGAUCAUGUCCAUCCCCAAGGGGAACUCUGCGCUCCGCAGAGUCAUGGAGGAAACAUACUACCACCACAUCUACCACACAGUCGCAAUCGAAGGCAACACCCUCACCCUCUCAGAAAUCAGGCACAUCCUCGAGACCCGCUAUGCUGUGCCCGGGAAGAGCUUGGAGGAACAGAAUGAGGUCAUUGGCAUGCACGCGGCCAUGAAGUACGUGAACACAACCCUGGUUUCCCGCAUAGGGUCCGUCACCAUCAGCGAUGUGUUGGAGAUCCACAGACGGGUGCUGGGUUAUGUAGACCCAGUGGAAGCCGGCAGAUUUCGAACAACACAAGUCCUCGUUGGACACCAUGUCCCUCCCCACCCUCAGGAUGUGGAAAAGCAAAUGCAAGAGUUCGUACAGUGGCUCAACUCUGAGGAUGCCAUGAAUCUACACCCAGUUGAAUUUGCAGCCUUAGCCCACUAUAAACUAGUUUACAUCCACCCGUUCAUUGACGGCAAUGGAAGGACUUCACGCCUGCUGAUGAACCUCAUCCUGAUGCAGGCGGGCUACCCGCCCAUCACCAUCCGCAAGGAGCAGAGGUCCGAGUAUUACCACGUACUGGAAGUUGCCAAUGAAGGUGAUGUGAGGCCGUUCAUUCGCUUCAUUGCCAAGUGUACUGAAUCCACCCUUGACACCCUAAUUUUCGCCACAACUGAGUACUCAGUGGCGCUGCCAGAAGCCAAACCCAACCAUUCCGGGUUCAAGGAGACACUUCUUAUGAAGCCCUAACUCAAAAUGUGCCCUUGUUGACAAGGGGUGUCCUGAAAAAAAUCAAAAGAAACUUAGGAUUUCCAGAAACCUUGAAACCUAGUUGUCUCUCAAAGUAAAAGAACUUAAACAUUCUUUAACUCCAAAUGUUUUUGGUUUUAGUUAGAAAAGAAAAAAAAAAAAAAAAAAAAACUAAAUUAUUAAGCCUUGUCUCUAUAAUUUAUAAUUCAGCCAAGUUAUUUAUUUUCCUCUUUUGAGCAAGGUUAUGCUGUUGUGAUGUUUGUUAUGUCUGUGCUGUGGGCCACUAUUUAGCCUGGUGGUCCCAGCAUGCUUGAGCAUAAAUGCUCCUUGUGUGACCAGAACUUAAGGUUCUGGAGCAGAAUUUGCACUAAGGUCAGGGAGAGAGGCCAGGAGCCAUGGGUCGAGGCCCAAGAACGCCAUAGGAAGAACUCCUCCGAGUCUCUCUCAAACUGACUGAGAGGUUCUGUGACUUUAACUGGGUAAUCAGCACUCCUGGGAGAACCCUUUCCAAGUUUUGAUAAAUGAUUGAAAGCUUGCUUUCUUACAGGUUUUUGCUCCCCUGCAAAGAGAUUAGUAUUGUGACUAAUUUUUACUGGUAGAGCAAACUUUUGAGGUAUGAAAAUAAAGUAAAUGUUGACAACAUUUCUAGUUAGAUACCUUGCUUGUUUCCAGGAACACUCUGAGCCAUAGAUAUUUUGCAGUUAGUACCAGAGGCAGUUAUUUCUCCAAGUCAAGACUAUUUUUCUCAGUAAGAAUAGGGGAGUGGCCAGCUUGGUUCCCUUUGUGGAUCGAAGCUUCUCUUGCCUAAGUUGCAACAACUCAGACCAGCCUAAAAGUAUCUGAGUUUAUCACCCAACAACUGAAUCAUGCUGCAAAUAGGGUAUUGUGCAAGUUAAGUAGGCAGGUGUCCCCUUACUCCCCACUCUCCGGUUUUCUAUAGGUAGGUGUAAAAGAAUACAUCUGAGGAAAGAUGCCACAUCAGUAUUGAAGCAGCAUUUUUGAUAAUGUAUUAGUGUCAGUUUCUACUGAAACAAGUAAAAACAUUUGACCACAACCAGUACAUGUCCCUUUUGCUGUGCAGUUUUUAUCCACUUAUUGACCCAACUCCCACUUCCCUCAGAUUAACUGUUCAACUUCCCCAGGGGGAGCCAGAAUAGAUUGCCUUAGAGUGGCCUUAUUUUUCUAGCAGCUUAUAAAACAAUCAAGUAUGUUGCAUGUAAUGAGGACACGUUUCCAUUUUAUGGGAGCUCUUUUUCAAUCAUAAAUGGCACAGAUGCCAACUCGACUGCUGCUAUUUUGAGUCAAAAUGGCCAGAAAUCACUGGGUUACUUUCCCAGUGACAGAACCUGUGAUGUUUAACAUUGUUACUAUAUUUUGUCCAUUUGAAUGAUGGCAAAUAUAUACAAAGUGUUGUCUCUUUGAUUUGAGAAUUCAGUUCAUGAUAGUAAUGGGGGCACUAAUGUAGCAAGUAUUUAUACAGUUAUUCAGUUGUUUAAUUAGCACAGUCAUUUUCUGAAAAGUUAAGAAAAAUAAGUAAAAAGAUGUAUGAAGUGGCCCCAGGUAGAAGAUUUAUUCAAACCUUUAUAAAAAUGUUUUCAUACUUAUAUAGUGCCAUAGGAAAUUUCUUAAACCUUAACUUUUCUACAGUCUUGAUUUUAUAAGCACAACAAGGAAGCCUGACGAAGUGCUUGCUUUGUACUGUAGAACAAGAGAAAUCUGCACUUUAGCUAUAUGUGAAAGAUGUUAUUUUAACAAAUUAUUGAUUCUAAUAAAGUAUUUUAUUACAGAAAUGCCUGA